CACAUGCAGAGUUCUGCGGCCUCCGGUGACAUUCUGGCGCUGGGGACGCGGAGUGGCGUCCGCGCGGCUAAGACCCAGCUCCUUCCGGCCACCCAUGCCCCAGCUGUUACCCCCCUGGUGGAGGCUAGGACGGGCCUUGCGGUGUCCAGGCUGCUGUAUUGCUGAAGACCUUAUCUAGUUCACCCAAUCUUCCAGACCAUGUGCUCCAUGCUUUGAGACUAGGAGGACCUUAGUGUUCUGAAAUGAAGAUGGAGACAGUGGGAAAAGCAGAACUUGUUGAUUCAGUUCCACCAAAGACUUCUGAAAAGCAAGAAACUGCUCCUGAUGAACAUGGACCUAUAGAACUUGAGACACAAACUCAGAAAGACAACAUGCGUGCUGCAGCAGACUCAGUGGUGCUUUCUUCAAUGCCUUGCUUACUGAUGGAACUGAGGCGAGACUCUUCAGAGUCUCAGUUGGCAUUUACAGAGAGCGAUAGGCCAAUGGGUGGUCGAGUUUAUGAGAGUGACUCUUCUAAUCACUGCAUGCUUUCCCCUUCCUCCAGCGGGCAUUUGGCUGACUCAGACACGUCUUCUGCAGAAGAGAAUGAGCCCUGUCAAGCUGCAGGUACUGUAGAGGGAGACCUUUCUGCGGUGUCUGGGGCUGCAGUUGGGAGGAAAUCCAGGAGAUCCAGGUCUGAAAGUGAAACUUCAACAAUGGCUGCCAAGAAAAACCGACAGUCUAGUGAUAAGCAGAAUGGUCGAGCUACCAAGGUAAAAGGUCACAGAAGUCAAAAGCACAAAGAAAGAAUCCGUCUCUUGAGACAGAAGCGGGAGGCAGCUGCUCGCAAGAAGUAUAACCUGCUUCAGGACAGCAGUACCAGCGACAGUGACCUGACGUGUGACUCAAGCACAAGCUCAUCAGAUGAUGAUGAAGAGGUUUCAGGGACCAGCAAGACAAUCACUGCAGAGAUACCAGUGGAGUUAUACGGUGUUCUGUUUGGAAGUGUGGAAGAUACAAGAGUGGAGCUACAGAUAACAAGUUUAUGCUUGUAUUUCCUACUGAUGAAGACUUUCACACAAGUUAUUUCUAUGGAUGGACCUCCAGUUAUAGCUCACUAUGAUAUAUCAGACACAAACUCAGAUCCGGAAGUGGUAAAUGUGGACAAUCUGUUGGCAGCUGCAGUAGUUCAAGAGCACAAUAAUUCUUUAGGAAAUCAGAACUCAGGAUCUACCUGGAGAACCAGAGGGCCACUAGAUGAACUGAGUGCUGAUACAGGUUUGGUUAAAUUCUCUUCCUCUGACAUUUGUUCCAACAUCUCAGUAGGUAUCUCUCUUUCUUGGUUUCAGUAUUUUUAUAGUUUAUACAACUUUAAAAGCUCCCUAAGUGGAUUUUGCAAAAUAAAACCCCA